AUGCUCAGGUGGUCCGGAUCUCAACAGGUAACCGACCGGAACCGAGCCGAACAGCAUGGCCUGGUCGUGGCGUUCGCUUUUCCUGCUCGAGCACCGCGCCACAGCGAAGCAACACACGAGCGCUGGACUGGGCUGGCGCAGCGCGAACGCGGCUUGUGUGUACCGUUGAAAGCGACCAAGUGGAAACGAGACUUGUGGCACUCGCGAAAGCUUCAAAUGCAGGAGCCUGCACAGCGGAACAGAGAGCAGGUGCAAGCGCUAGUAGUAGGCUCUGGAGUGACUGGCUCUUCGUUCGCGUUCCUGCUGCAGCACGCUGGAAUAAGCGAUGUGAUUUGCACCGAGGCACGAGGUGAAGUUGGUGGAAACCUUAUUUCGCGUUCCAAAGACGGCUACCUUUGGGAAGAAGGGCCCAACACCUUCCAACCAACACCGGUGAUUCUGAAACUCGCGCGAGACGCGGGUCUCGAGUCCGAGCUUGUCUUCGCCGACGCCAAACUCCCUCGAUACGUAUACUGGGAGGGGGUUUUGCACGCGCUCCCGAGUUCGCCUGCAGACCUGAUCACCGGCCGUUUCCGCCUGUUAUCGAAUGCGGGGAAGGCUCGGGCAGCGCUCGGAGCGCUCGGGUUCGUAGGCGCACCCAAACGCGUCGCACGGCAAGCUGGACCCGAGCCCAGCGAGGAUGCUGACCUAGCAGACGAGUCUGUAGAGGAAUUCGUGACUCGCCAUCUAGGCCGCGAAGUUUUCCUGAAGAUUAUAGACCCCUUCGUGAGCGGUGUGUAUGCAGGCGAUCCCAGCAAACUCUCCAUGGCUGCAGCUUUCAAGCGCGUGUACGCACUCGAGCAGCUUGGCGGAACACGCGGGAUUCUCGAAGGGGCGCUCAUCCGUCUGCAACAACGUCGACGGGAACGUCAACGCUGGGCGGCAGAGAAUCUCCCCAAGGUGAAAGCGGGUGCACUGGGCUCCUUCCGCGAGGGCCUGCAGCAGUUGCCGCUCACAGUGGCGACUCGGCUGGGCCCUGAGCGAAUGCGAACUCGGUAUGCACUGCGCCAAAUUGAAUACAAUGGAGCAAAACGUGGAAAACGUCGCUAUACUGCCCGCUUCGAAACCCCAGAUGGCGAACGAGUUAUCGAAACAGAUGCCCUCAUUCUUACGAUCCCCGCACAUGCGGCGUCACCGCUCUUGCAAGGUCUGGGUGUCUCUGGGAGUGAGCUGCUCCAGGAAAUCGACUUUCCGCCGGUAUACUCGGUAACUUUGGCAUACCCAAAGUUUGCAGCGCGGUUUCCCCUAAACGGUUUCGGGAACCUGAUACCGCGCUCUGCCGGUAUUCGCACCCUCGGGAUGGUCUGGUCGUCGAGUUUGUUUCCGGAACGAGCGCCUCCCGAUAUGAAUAUGGUGCUCUCAUACAUCGGCGGUGCGCGUGAUCCUGGUAUCCGCGAAUGCACCCCGGAUGAAGUCGCUGCCCUCGUAGACGCGGACAUGCGUCGCGUCCUCCUACGUGCCGAUGCACCUUCGCCGCAAGUUCUUGGUGUGAGACUUUGGCCGCGGGCGAUUCCACAAUACAACCGGGGUCACUUGCGGCGCUUGGAAGCCUGCAACCAGGGUCUACAAGGCUUUCCUGGUCUCUUUUUAGGCGGAAACUAUCUGAGUGGCGUUUCCUUCGGUGACUGCGUACAGUGGGCGUACGAUAAUGUGCCUCGAGUGCUGACGUUUCUGCAGGAGACGGCUUGA